AUGGAAGUAGUAGAUUACACUAAACAUACCAGGGAUCAACUACGUGUUAUUUUACGUUCUAAGAAAACAUUUAGCAAUGCUGAAAUUAGAUCUAUGAAUAUGAAAGAGCUUAUAAAAGCAAUCGAGGAAUCAGAUAACAAACAAAAUGCAGAAAACCAAGAUGCUACUAAUAAAGAAUCGAAUCUUCAAUUGCGAAAUCUGUUUCCUUUCGAUAAUGCUGUUUUUAGUGAGUACAAAGAAUCAUUUCUAGCUAAAAAAGAAUCUGAUGUCUUAAAAGAUGUUUACGAUGAUAGUGUGAAAAUAUAUUUUUCUUUAACAUGCGAAAUGAAGAAAGAAGGAGCUGAGGAACUUCGUGUUGAUCAUUUGAAUACAAAAAAUGAAACAUUACACAAGGGGGAUGAUAGGAAAGCCUUCUUCGAGACAGUCAAAUCAGUUUUGAUAAACAGACUAGAUCAAAAUCAAGGUAGAGGAUCUGGUUUUAGACUUAAUAGAAUCAUAGGUUUAAGAAUGUUUCAAACUAGAAUCAGACCAUUAUCAGGAUCAAAAUAUAUAGAACUACCUGAUUGGAUUAAAAAUAAGAAAGCAGUAAUCAAUAUAAAAAAUAAAGAUGAUAAGUGUUUCAUGUGGUGUAUCUUAGCUCAUUUAUUUCCAGUAGAAGAAAACUCCGAGCGAGUAGCUAAAUAUAAAUAUCAUGUUUCUAAAAUUACCUUUGAUGGAUUUGAAUUUCCUUUCCAGGUUAAAGAUGUGGAUAGGUUUGAGAAAAAAAAUAACUUAGCUGUCAACAUUCUCACUCAUAAUAUUGAGGAUAAAGAAAAAAUAGAUUCAUAUAAAGUAUCCAGAAACAUUAAAGUAGAAAUAAAUCGAGUCGUAAAUCUUUUGCUGGUAACGGAUAAUUCUGGAGAAGGUCACUAUUGUUUAAUUAAGAAUAUAGAUAGAUUAAUGAAUAACAAAAAUGGCACAAGAAAUAAAUUUUGUAUUAGAUGUCAUAAUAACUUUUUAACAAAAGAAAAAUUUGAAAACCAUUUAAACGACUGUAGGAGUAAUUCUCCAAUCCAAAUGAUCAAACCUUCAAAAGAUUAUAUUCAGUUUGAUGGGAUUCAGAAAACUCAGAAACACAGAUAUGUUUGCUAUGCAGAUUUUGAAUCUGUUAUCUAUAAAAUUGAUAGUGUGAAUUACUCACCUAAGCAGUCAUGGAGUGAAAAUAUUGGAAAACAUGUAGCUUCUGCCUUCUGUGUAGUCGUUGUAGAUUCUUUCACACAAAAAAUCUAUGACAUGGUAAGCUAUGUUGGAUACGAUACUAUUUUGAAAUUUAAUGAAUAUAUCCUGAACAUAAGUGAAAAGCUAUUGAACAUCGCUGAUAUGAAAAUAGAACAAUUGACUGAAGAAGAAUUAAAAUCAUACAAUAGUUGUAAAUCUUGCCCUGCAUGUGGAAAUAUGUUUCAUGGGGAUAAAGUUAGAGAUCACGACCAUUGGACUGGAUUAUACAGAGGACCUCUAUGUAACGCUUGUAACUUAUUGAAACGUAGAAAUAAUUUUAUACCAGUGUUUUUCCAUAAUCUUAAAGGCUAUGAUUCACACCUCAUUAUCAGUGAUGAGAAAUCUAGUGACUUAUUAAAGAAAAGAGGUGUAGAAAUUAAAAGCAUUUCAGCCAAUAUAGAGAAGUUCAUUAGUUUUAGUUAUUUCUUUCAUGAUGAAGAUCGUAAAAGAUAUGAAAUAAGAUUCUUAGAUAGUUUAGGAUUCAUGCCUUCAAGUCUAGAUUAUCUCAGCAGUAACCUACAAAAUGAUGAAUGUGUUAUUACUAAAAAGUAUUACGAUAAUGAAAAUAUAUUUAGUCUAUUAAGACGAAAAGGUGUAUAUCCAUAUGACUUCAUGGAUUCCUUCAAAAAAUAUUCUAACACGGAGCUCCCUCCAAUUGAAAACUUUUAUAAUAGUUUAUCUAGUGAGAACAUUAGCAGUGAGAGUUAUGAAUAUGCUCUAAAGGUAUGGAAUGAAACAAAUUGUAAAACUUUAGAAGACUACACUAGAAUUUACAUGGUUAAUGAUGUGUUACUAUUAGCUGAUGUGUUUGAAACUUUCAGAAAUGUGUCUCUUAAAGAAUACAAGUUAGAUCCAUGUUGGUACUAUACAUCUCCCGGAUUAGCUUGGGAGGCAAUGUUAUUCAAAACUGGAGUUAAGCUACAAACAAUUAAAGAUAUUGAAAUGUAUAACUUUAUUGAGAAAGGUAUCAGGGGAGGUAUGUGUAAUGCUAUGUUGAGAUAUUCUAAGGCUAACAAUAAGUACAUGUCAAAUUAUAAUCCUGAAGAGGAAUCAAAAUACUUACUUUAUCUAGAUGCUAAUAAUCUUUAUGGAUGGGCAAUGAGUCAAAAAUUACCAUACGAUGAUUUCAAAUUUAUGAAUGCUGCAGAGUUUAGUGUGGAAAUGUUAGAAAAUCUCAAUUCUCAAGGCAGAGGAUGCAUACUUGAAGUUGACUUAGAUUAUCCAGAUAGUCUUCAUGAUAAGCAUAAUGAUCUUCCAUUUUGUCCAGAAAAUAAACGAGUUGGUUCUACCAAUAAAUUAAUUAAUGAUUUUAGUCCAAAAAGAAAUUAUGUGAUUCAUUAUAAGAAUUUACUACAAGUAUUAGAGCAUGGUUUAAUGUUAAAAAAGGUUCAUCGUAUAGUUACUUUUAAAGAAAGCAAUUGGCUAGCUCCUUACAUAGAAUUGAAUACCAACUUGAGGAAAAAUGCAAAAAAUGAUUUUGAGAAAGACUUCUUCAAACUUAUGAACAAUUCUGUAUUUGGCAAAACUAUGGAGAAUGUUAGACAUAGAGUGGAUGUGAAAGUGGUGUCAGAUAUGAAUAAGGUCAUGAAACUAGCUGGUAGCAAUAAUUUUAAACAGAGACAUAUUAUAAAUAAGAAUAUGAUUUUAGUUGAAAUGACUCAGAAAGGUAUAAAACUAGAUAAACCAAUUUAUGUGGGGAUGUCUAUUCUAGAUUUGAGUAAAUACCUAAUGUAUGAGUUCCAUUAUGAUGUUAUGCUUCCCAAGUAUCCAUCCAAUUUAAGACUGUGCUAUCAAGAUACAGAUUCUUUUAUCUAUGAAGUUAAAACUGAUGAUGUUUAUGAAGAUAUGUCAGCUAUGAAAGAACACUUUGAUUUUUCGGAUUAUCCAAAAGAAAAUAAACUUCAUAGCAUUGAGAACAAGAAAGUAAUUGGUAAAUUCAAAGAUGAGUUAAAUGGUAAAAUAAUGACUGAAAUUGUUGCUUUUAGACCGAAACAAUAUGCUUUUAAAACUGAUGAGGGAUCAGAACAAAAGAAGAAUAAAGGAAUAAAAAAGUCUGUAGUCAAAAAGGAAAUGACUUUCAAUGAUUAUAAAAAUUGUUUAGAAAAUAGAACGAUUGAAAGAAAACAGCAAACGCUUAUUUCCUCCAGCAAACAUGAAAUUAGUAGUGUAAGACAAAAUAAAGUUGUAUUAAAUAAUAUAAUUGGUAAGGAUAAGGAGACUAAAAGAUAUUUUGUAGAUAACAUAAACUCCCUAGCUUUUGGACACUAUCGAAUCAAAAUUUAG